AUGGCAGAAUCGACUUCGACGUCUUCUCUUCCUGCAAAAUCCGAUGCGGAGAUUGAAGAAAUACUGGAUCGUAUGCUCACAAGAUUGGCUCUAUGUGACGACUCCAAACUGGAACCGUUGCUCUCCAAGCUUCUUCCCUACACUAUCUCGUCUCUUUCUUCCCAAUCUACUCUCAUCCGCAAGAAGGUUCUUGAGAUUUUGAAUCACGUGAAUAAGAGAGUGAAACACUGGCCCGACAUUGGUUUGCCUUUGUCAGAGCUAUGGACAUUAUUUAUUGACGCUAACACUACUCAAAUGGUUAAGAAUUUUUGCAUUGUGUACAUUGAGAUGGCAUUUGAACGUGUAUCCAUGAAGGAAAAGGAGAAUUUGGCACCGACGCUCUUGGUGAACAUUUCCAAGAUUUCUCCUCAACAUCAAGAAAUUAUACUGAGAAUUGUUAGUAAGGUGAUGAGUGAAUGUCAUGCAAGUUGUAUUGAGGAUGAAGUUGCAGCAAAGUAUAGAUCGAUCAAUGGUUCUCGGGACUGUGAGCUGUUUGUUGAAUUUUGCCUUGAUACAAUUUUGUAUCAAUUGCCUCCUCAAAGUGGAGGAUGCCCACCAGGGCUUUCAAUUUCCCAAAGCAAUCGGGUAACCGGAAAACAUCAAUUGACAAGUGACAUGCUUUUGAAGAUGAAGCUAGGGAUCUUGAAUGUUAUUGAAUCUAUGGAGCUACCUCCAGAACACAUUUAUACUCUCUAUGUGGCUGCAUGUGCGGAUUGUCAGGAGGCCGUUAUUAAGAUGGGGGAGGAACUUCUUAAGAAGAAGGCUUCAGCUGCUAAUUUGGAUGAUUUGAACUUGAUAAACAGGCUGUUUUUGCUAUUCAAUGGUACCACCGGAGCUGAAAAUGUUACUCCUGAGUCUAGAGUCAGUCCUGGAAAUGCUGUUUUAAAAGCAAAGCUGAUGUCCAUUUUCUGCCGGUCUAUUACAGCAGCCAACAAUUUCCCGUCAACUUUGCAGUGCAUUUUCGGUUGCAUAUUUGGAAUUGGAACCACCUCAAGGCUGAAGCAAUUGGGAUUGGAAUUCACUGUCUGGAUAUUUAAACAUGCAAAAAUCGAGCAGCUGAAGCUUAUGGGCCCUGUUAUAUUGAAUGGGAUUGUAAAGUUACUUGAUGGAGGUUUGAAUUCAGAAGCAGAUGCUCUUGCUAGAGAAACCAAAACCUUUUGUUUUCAAGCGAUUGGAUUGCUUGCACAGCGCCUCCCCCAACUCUUCAGAGACAAGAUCGACAUGGCUGUUCGUCUUUUUGAUGCAUUAAAGUUGGAGGCACCUUCUCUUCGUUUUAUUGUCCAAGAAGCAACCAAUUCGCUUGCAGCUGCAUACAAGGAAGCACCAUCCACUGUACUGAUUGAGUUGGAGAGGAUUCUGCUGAAUAAUUCUCAAGUGGAAGAAAGUGAGGUGCGCUUUUGUGCUAUGAGAUGGGCGACAUCUCUAUUUGAUUUGCAACAUUGCCCUAGCCGAUUUAUUUGCAUGCUUGGAGCUGCAGAUACUAAGCUUGAUAUAAGGGAGAUGGCACUUGAAGGCCUAUUUCCUUCUAGAGAGGAAAGCAGAAAUUCGGGUGAAAAGCUUCGUCCUAAGUACCCAAAACUUGCAGAAAUUUUAGAAUAUAUACUUAAACAGGAGCCAAGGUUUUUGGACUCAACUGAAAUGAGGGAGCAAAAGCUCCUUUUUUCGUCGAAAAUGUAUAUGGCGAUGAUUAAAUUUUUGUUGAAGUGCUUUAAUUCAGAGGUGGAGCAGAAUCACUCAGUAGGAAGAUCAUCCGAAUUUGUGUCUUCAGUGGAGAAAAUGUGUUUCCUGCUAGAACAUGCUAUGGCAUAUGAAGGCUCUUCUGAGUUGCAUGCCAUUGCUUCCAAGUCUUUAAUAACGUUAGGAUCUCAUUUUCCAGAGAUGAUAGCAUCACAUUAUGCACCAAGAGUGUCGUGGCUAAAGCCAUUGCUAAGUCAUAUGGACUCUGAAACUCGUGAAUCUGCAGCACGUCUACUUGGCCUAUCUUCUUCUGCCCUUUCCACGCCUGCAUUAUCUUCUUUAAUUUGUGAACUUGUUUCUUCAAUUAGUGGAUCACACAAUAAAAGAUUUGAAGCACAGCAUGGGACAAUAUGUGCUAUUGGAUACGUUGCUGCAGACUGUGUCUCCAGAAUACCUGGUAUCCCAGAGACAUUGUUUCAGAGCAUAGUUAAUUGCCUGAUUGAAGUUGUUAAUUCUGAGACUGCAGUAUUGGCUUCUGUUGCGAUGCAAGCACUGGGUCACAUAGGGUUGCGCACACCAAUACCUCCAGUUGUUAAUGGUUCUGGUUCAGUUGAGAUACUAGCAGUAUUGCGUGAGAAGUUGACUAAACUGCUCUCUGGUGAUGAUAUCAAAGCAAUUCAGAAAAUUGUUAUCUCCCUUGGACAUAUCUGCGUGAAUGAAACAUCAUCAUCACUCCUGAAUAUUUCCCUUGAUUUGAUAUUCGGUCUUUGCCGGUCAAAGGUUGAGGAUAUCCUGUUUGCUGCUGGGGAAGCUCUCUCAUUUUUAUGGGGUGGUGUUCCUGUGACUGCUGAUGUGAUCCUCAAAACUAACUAUACUACCCUUGCCAUGACCUCAAAUUUUCUUAUGGAUGAUUUGAACUUAUGUUUGUCAAAGUAUAGUACUAACAUGAGAAAUGAAGCUAUUGGAGAUCACUAUUUGAUGGUUAGACAUGCGAUUACCAGGAAGCUUUUUGAUGUCCUAUUAUACAGUAACAGAAAAGAAGAACGUUGUGCUGGAACUGUUUGGCUGCUGUCAUUGACAAUGUACUGUGGUCAUCACCCUAGCAUUCAACAAAUGCUUCCCGAAAUUCAGGAGGCUUUUUCGCACCUACUUGGCGAACAGAAUGAACUUACCCAGGAACUGGCUUCUCAAGGCAUGAGUAUCGUCUAUGAACUUGGCGACGAGUCAAUGAAGAAAAACUUGGUGGAUGCACUUGUAGGCACUUUGACUGGUUCUGGGAAGAGGAAAAGAGCUAUAAAGCUGGUUGAAGACUCUGAAGUGUUUCAAGAAGGGGCGAUUGGUGAUGGUCUAAGUGGAGGAAAACUUAGUACUUAUAAGGAGCUUUGCAGUCUUGCAAAUGAAAUGGGCCAACCUGACUUAAUCUAUAAAUUCAUGGAUCUUGCUAAUCAUCAAGCCUCUCUAAACUCCAAGAGGGGUGCUGCCUUUGGGUUUUCUAAGAUAGCCAAACAAGCUGGGGAUGCUCUUCAGCCUCACUUGCGUUCAUUGAUUCCUAGGCUAAUCCGGUACCAGUAUGAUCCGGAUAAAAAUGUGCAGGAUGCGAUGGCACACAUUUGGAAGUCACUAGUGGCAGACCCUAAGAGAACCAUUGAUGAACAGUUGGAUUAUAUUAUUGACGAUUUAGUAGUACAAUGUGGAUCAAGGCUUUGGCGAUCCCGUGAGGCUUCGUGUCUUGCCCUUGCAGAUAUCAUCCAGGGGCGAAAAUUUGAUCAGGUUGGAAAGCACUUGAAAAAAUUAUGGAUUGCAGCAUUCCGUGCCAUGGAUGACAUAAAGGAAACUGUCCGAAAUGCUGGCGACAAAUUGUGCCGAUCUGUGACUUCAUUGACAAUAAGGCUGUGUGAUGUCACACUUACUGAAACAUCAGAUGCAAGCCAAGCAAUGAGCAUUGUACUGCCUUUUUUGCUAGCAGAAGGCAUAUUAAGUAAAGUUGACAGUGUUCGUAAAGCUUCGAUUGGAGUAGUCAUGAAGCUUGCAAAGGGUGCAGGGAUUGCUCUUCGUCCUCAUUUACCUGAUUUGGUUUGUUGCAUGCUGGAAUGUUUAUCAAGUCUUGAAGAUCAAGGGCUCAAUUAUGUUGAGUUGCAUGCAGCAAAUGUCGGAAUACAGACAGAGAAGCUUGAAAAUUUGCGAGUUUCAAUAGCAAAAGGCUCGCCCAUGUGGGAAACUCUUGAUCUCUGCAUAAAUGUUAUAGAUAACGAAUCUUUAGAUCUCUUGGUUCCUCGUCUUGCUAAUUUGGUUCGGUCUGCAGUGGGCCUUAACACUAGGGUCGGUGUUGCCAGCUUUAUCAGCUUACUAGUCCAAAAGGUUAGUGUGGAUAUCAAACCAUUCACAAGCAUGCUACUGAGGCUGCUAUUUCCAGUAGCAAAGGACGAGAGAAGUACCACUGCAAAACGUGCCUUUGCUAGUGCUUGUGCUAUGGUUUUGAAGCAUGCAUCUACAUCUCAGGCCCAGAAGUUAAUUGAGGACAGUGCGGCUUUGCAUUUGGGGGACAGGAAUGCUCAAAUUUCUUGUGCAAUUCUGUUGAAAAGCUAUUCAUUCGUAGCAUCUGAUAUUUUGAGUGGGCAUCAUGCGACAGUUGUUCCAGUUAUAUUUAUAUCAAGAUUUGAGGAUGACAAAUAUGUUUCUGGCCUCUUUGAGGAGUUGUGGGAGGAAAAUACAAGUGGUGAUAGGGUCACCCUCCAGCUGUAUUUGGGUGAAAUUGUUACUCUUAUUUGCGAGGGCAUGAUAUCAUCAUCAUGGGCAAGGAAAAGAAAGUCAGCUGAGGCAAUAUUCAAGCUUAGUGAAGUUCUUGGUGAAUCAUUGUCCUCUUAUCAUAAAGUUUUGCUCGACUGUCUUACUAAGGAAGUUCCUGGACGUUUGUGGGAGGGAAAGGAGGCUCUUUUAAAUGCACUAGGUGCUCUUUCAAAAUCUUGUCAUAAAGCAAUUUCUGCUGAAGAUCCUACGGCUCCAACUUUCAUUCUGGGUCUGGUUUCUUCUGCUUGCACAAGAAAAGUCAAGAAAUAUCGUGAAGCAGCUUUCGUAUGUCUUAAAGAGGUUAUAGGAGCCUUUGGUGAUCCAGAGUUCUUCAAUUUAGUCUUUCCACUUAUACUUGAGAUGUGCAACAUGGUCUCUCCCAAACUUGGGCCUGCAACUGUGGGAAGUGAGGCUUCUAAAGCAGAAUCAGAUGAUACUGAAGACUCUUCUGUUCCGCUUGACAAAAUAUUGGAAUGCCUGACAUCUUGCAUCCACAUUGCUCAUGCGAGGGAUAUUCUUGAACAUAAAAAAAAUUUGAUGCAUGUGUUAUUGGUACCCUUAUCUCCAGGUUUUCAGUGGUCAGUCAAAAUGUUGGCAUUUUCAUCAUUUAAGGAACUUUCUCAAAGGCUCCAGAGCAUGUUGGAUGACUCACAGGAAGUCUCUCUAGAUACCAGCAUAGCUGAUUUGGUGCAGGAGCUGUUUCACUCUGUCUCACCAAAACUAGUUGAAUGCAUAAGCACAUUAAAGAUUGCCCAGGUUCAUGUUGGUGCUUCUGAGUGCCUUCUGGAAGUCACCAAGUUGUUUGGACAGCUUCCAUUCGAGCAUCGGACAAAAGCAGAGUUUAAUGGCGAGCUUGUUCAUCUGUAUGAGGUGGAAAAAAAUGAGGUGGCCAAGUCCUUAUUGAAAAGAUGCAUUGACACCCUUGAAAACCUAAUGCAAGAGGAUGCCCAAUCAACUUGAAUUUCCAUAUUGCUUGAAGCCCACAUAUUUAUGACCUGGUUACACAGUGCACAAAUCGUCUACAAGGUUCCUGCAAUGGACAGGAUUGGGAACAUGUAGAAUAUAUACAUACUUUAUCCAUACAAUGGGCGGUAAUGGGAACAUGCAGAAUGUAUACAUACUUUAAUCUCUACGAUAGGGUGGAAUUGGAAACAUGCAGAAUGUACACAUUUUUUACCCUAGAGAGAAUAUUGUUUCUAGUAUGAAAGCAUUACACAUUGACAAGAGAUAGAAGUAAUAGAUACUCUUAAAAACUUUA